UCACGCCUCUGUUGCCGUGUUCUUAUUUACUAACGAACGAAAUGUCAAGCUUCCUUUUUCUUGCCAGAUGGGCGUGCAAGUUUCUACUGAGCCGUUAAAAAACUAAAUCCGCUAUUGUGAAAAAGACUAUUAUGUGUAGAACUGGUGAGGUCACCGUGAACGCGUCUCUAGGCCAAAAUGUCGUUGUUCGGGGACCGUUGCAAACAGAUGCAGGUGUAAGAACAGGUUGCAGUGAUGGGAACGUCCGUCAGCCUCACUAAUCAUGGAGAAAGUGACUGAAAUAACUCUGUCAGAACCCUCUCAAGAGUUCAUUCUUGCUUUUACGAGGACAUGAUGUGAAUUAGCUGUUCUCAUUACAAUCACGAAAACAUACGGAUCAGCAAUGGAGCAUGCAGAUCUAGUGGCCGAAAUGGCCCAUGUUGAGCAUCUUACUACUCAAGAAAGAUUACAUCUGGCACGAAAAAGACGAAUACAACAGUUAAAAGUAUGGGCAGCCCGGGAAAAAGACUGGCUUCGUCACCAGAGGAAGGGGCGUUCUAAUAUCAACAAGAAGCAGAAGCACAUCUUUUUUAAUGACAGUGUUAUGCUCUUAGAAGCUGCAGCAAGAAAUGAUGUUGAAGAAGUUGAAAGAUUAUUAAAAAAAGGAGUCAACCCAGAUUCCACCAAUGAAGAUGGACUUACAGCUCUACACCAAUGCUGUAUUGAUGACAACGAAAGAAUGAUGAAACUGUUGUUAGACUAUGGUGCUAAUGUGAAUGCCGAAGAUAGUGAAAAGUGGACACCUCUUCAUGCAGCCGCAACAUGCGGUCAUUUACACCUUGUUCGUUAUUUGAUUAAUAGCUCUGCCAAUUUACUGGCUGUCAAUGCUGAUGGAAAUAUGCCAUAUGAUAUUUGCGAGGAUGAAGCUGCCUUGGAUCAUAUUGAAAGUGCAAUGGCAGCUCGUGGUGUCACUCAAGAACUUAUUGAUGAUACACGUGCAGCCACUGAGUUAAAAAUGCUGCAAGAUCUAGAGCAACAUGUUGCUAAGUACGGUACCCAAGGCUUAGAGGACCAUGAUCAUCAGGGAGCCACCCCUCUUCACAUAGCUGCAGCUAAUGGAUAUAUCAGAGUUGUGGAGUUUCUUUUGGAUCAGCAUGUUUCAACUGAUGUACGGGACAAUGACGAUUGGCAUCCACUUCAUGCUGCAGCAUGCUGGGGGCAUAUGGAAGUAUUAGAACUACUUGUUCAAAAUGGUGCUGAUCUUAAUGCAAAGACAAAGCAUGAUGAAACUCCAGCUGAUAUUUGUGAAGAUGCUGAAUUACGAGAGAGAAUUAUUCAGCUACGUAGUGAGCAAGAAACUAAAAGAGCUGCUGAAGCUCAAAGGAAACGAGUCAGGAGAUCUCAGUCAAAUACCCGCACUCAAUCUGUGAGACGCACAUCUAUCAGAGAUAAGACAUUAACCUCUAAAAAAGAUGCACAAGAUGAAGCAAGGCUGCGUCUUCAAGCCCAAGAAGUGUUCAUCGUACCUGUAGAUAAUGUAGAUGGUCCUGUUCCCAUCGUCGUGUCUGCUCCUGCUCCCCUGCCUACUCCUCGUUCUGCAAAUUUGUCUUCAACCCAGUCAAACAUUCGAUCACCAGUACCAGUUCCUGUUGUUGCUUCUCCACUCACACCAGUAAAGUCUCCAUCACAAACUCCAAUUCACAGUCCAUCAACAAUGGCCCCUCAGGCAACUGAUGAAGAGAAUGAUAAACAAAGCAUUGCACCAAGCCCACCAGGCAGCAGAUCCUUGCCUGAGGGACAAGACAAUGAUUCCCAAUUAUCAUGUGAGAGUGGGAAUGUGGUUCCAUCAUCACCUACAAACUCUUUGGCUGGUUCUCCAACACCUUUAGACCUACCUGCUGAAGCUGCUUAUGUAACAGAUACUAAUGGGAAAAUUAAUAUUCAUGUGUCUGUCACAAUCAAUGCGGGGACUUUGGCUGAUUUAAAGAAGCAAAGAGCGUCUAUUCGAAAUGGAACAGUUCAGAGUCAUAGUGCUGCUGCUGCUGCAUCAGCUGCUGCCUCCUCAAAUGGCAGUCUUUUGACUGCUACAGAUGCAGUAGGUCUCCCUCCUCCAGGAUGUGUUAAACGCUUUGCUGGCAACACCAGCGAUGUUGUUGAAGAUGCUCGCUCAAGACGAUGUUGUAUCAUAUCAUAAUUAGAUACCUUAAUCAGAACUGUUUUGUUCAUAAUUAUCCUUUCUUAUAGACUUUUGCCAUGAAGAUGGCUGAUUUUAAUCCCUGGAGGAUGCAGUCGUUUUCUGAGCGCUUGUUUAUUGGGGUUCUUGAUUUUUAAUCUUUUUUAUGAUUAAGCUGAAUUCCUUUACAAUGUGAUUUUAUUAGCAUUUUAAAUUUUGCUCCAGUUGAUAAUUAUUAAGGAAUUUUUUCCUUGUCUUGAUGUUGUAUUAAAUGUACUUAACAGACACCUUUUCUUGCAUAAGUGUUAAUACUCUUGCUCUUCCAUUAUAGUAGCUGUGUAAAGGUUGUGCUGUUCAUUUUGUUUUUGAAGUUAUGGCUACGUAUUAUGCAGAAAAACCUGAUUAGUAAGAAUCUCUCGGGACCGUGGUAUCAAUACUUAAAUCCAAAUAGUCUUUAUAACAAUAAUGUGCUUUGACAUAAAAAUUUUGACCUGGAUUUUUGGAAAACCACUUGGCAUUAACAUUGGCAUUAUUGACUAUACUCUCGUAUCGGUCCAAUCAAUCAAUUAUCAAUUAUAAGGAGGUAUUCUUACUAUCCAGGUUUCACAGUAUAUUUAUGUUAAAUGUAAUGUUGGAAGUAGGUUAAUGUCAACAUUAACAAUUUUAUCUUUGGAAAAUAGAUAAAUGUCUGAUUUUUCAUUUUGGACAUCUAGGAUCAUCUUCAUGGUGUGGAUUGAGAAUCCUGGAAACGGUCCUAGUGGUCGGAAUGAACACCACAAUGAAAUCGUUCUUCAAAUCUAUCGAGUUCUCAGUUAGUAAUAUCAGGGGACUGCUUUUAUUCGUUCUCUAAAGUGAGCUCUUAAAGUUCAAUGAUAAAUGAUUGAAAUCAAUGAAACAGACAUUACCUAUUACCCUUACUAAAUUAGCUGGAUGAUUUUUUGACAUGACCUCUGGUUAAUGCUGACAUAAACCACUCAUCAUCCCACAUUUCCAAUAACAUAUACAUAGAUAGAAGAAAUUUUUACUUUGUCAUGUAUACAAAUGAUUUGGUUGAUAGAUAAUUCACAUCAACCACAGAGCACAUAAACUGCAACUUGUUAAUUAAUUUUAGUUUUGAUCACUUACUUUACUUGAUUGUUAGGAAGUGAAUUGUACAAAUUUUUAUUGUUGCCUAACUACGGUGACUGUCCAAAUAGUGGUUCGCUUAAGUAUUACUUUUAGUAGUUAUUUUACUGACUAAAGUUAUCAGUGAUUGUGAUGGGAAGAUGGUUAUCCGUGAUACAUCCAGUUUUUGUGAUAAGUUUGAGUAAUGAGGAGAUUUGUGGAAGUAAACAUACUUAACUACUUUCUGAAGUUGUUAAAAACAAGAUUCUUUUCAAGACUGAGAUAUGCUUGCAAAGAUUAUGCUCUAAUUUUUCUUAUGCUCAUGGUGUUUAAAACACCUGUCAACUCCUGACAGUAUUGGAUGAUGUAAACAAGAGUAGCUAUUAUUCAUCUUCCAACUUUUCUUACUGUGUUUAAAUUUGGUUUGAGUGCGUCCAGACUGUAUUCCUUUUAUGUGUUCAUCUUCUUUCUUUAACAUUCCCUAAAUGUUGUUAGUUAAAGAUUUAUCACAGUGUUAAAAUUAUUACCUCUUUAUUUUGGGGGGGUAUCAAACUGUACUAAGCUAAGUGUAACAUGCAUUGUACUUCCUCUUAUGUUAAGUGUCUAGUAAGCUCAUGACAAAUCGUAUUGAACAAUAACCACUUUAGCUUUAGAAACCUUUUUUUUUUUAAAGCAGUCUAUGUUACAGAACAUAGCUCAGUAUUAUUUCUGUUUUUUGUCUCCGUUGAUGAAUACAUUUUUCACUCACCUAACAAUUUUGAUUUACCAGUAUUUUUUAGCAGAAGCCAUUUUGUAGAAUGCAGCUUUUUGUCCAUGGAUUGGUGUAGUCUUUCGUCAAGCAUUAUUCUAUGAAAGCCAAGCUUUGAUGGAUGCUGAUAAGCAAAGUCCCUAAAUUAAAAUCCAUCCUGUAAUGAUAUAGCAUGUUGUGAUUUUGUUGAAAUGGAAAUGUGCCUUAAUCAUUUAGCAAAGUAGUGAUUGUUUGCGGCCUUCACAUCAACCAUAUAUUUUUUAAGUCUUUAAGCUCCUUAAGUACUAUGAUUUUACUUGAAUGCACUGUGCACGUUAGUUAGACAUGUAAUUUUUGUUAUGUUUGUGAAGGGAUAUUGUCAUGGGUUUAAGAUGUGAGCAUGUUGGUUAAUGGUCAUCAGGGCUUUAAAUUGGAAGCAGUAAAACGUUUUGUGACUUGUGUUUGUGUAAUUCCUUCCAUAGAAGAGACAAGUACAUAACUUAACAUUUUUUAUAGCUUUACUUUGUUCUACUUAAAGAAAUGACUCAUAAUUAAUUUUGAAAAGUAAUGAUAAUUGUUUAAUGCAUAAUUAUCAGAAAGGGCUAUUUUUUCUUAUUUCGUAAUUGAGUAGAAAACUUGUGAUAUUUUAGCAAUUUUUCCGGCUUUGUCGGAUUUUUGUUCCAGAACGUGUAUUAUGUAGUUGCACCUGUCAAUAAAGUUGAUAAUUCACAAUGUU